GAGGAUGUAGCCUCUGCAUCAAACUUGUCACUAGAAGGCGGAACAGUAUCCAUUUUGAAGGUUUCAAUAUGGCAUGUGUUGUUCUCGCUCUUCUUACAAUCUUACCAGUGGUGAUGGGAGAUACCACUGGUUACCUGGGAGAUUCGGUCACCUUGUCUUCUGGAGCCAACUCAUCCUGGAUCUUGAGCAAGAUAGAGUGGUCUAUAUUCAGCAACAACACCUGGAUUGCAACGUACAGGAAAGAAACACACGUUGUCAAAACAGACCGUUUCUGGCAGUUUCAGGGUCGUCUAAGACUCAACAUCUCGUCCGGGGACUUAGAGAUAAGAGAUGUGAGGAUAGGGGAUGCCCUGGUUUACUCUGUUCUCCUUCAAGACUAUAAGGGAGAGCAGCAUAACGUACAUGUCCAGCUCACUGUGACAGAGCGUCUCAGCAAGCCCAGCGUCCGUAAGGUCUUCAGCAUGUUGAAGGACAGCCAUUGUGUGAUGGCUCUUCAGUGCUCCUCUUCAGUGAAGGACAUCCACCUCUCCUGGGAACCAGAGGCUGCGUUUGAGGAUGCCUUCUGGAAGGGGAAUCCCAACACCAACGUCUCUGUCGUCUGGACGUCUUACAGCCCCAACAGAAAUGCCACCUUCACCUGUACUGCCAGCAAUGGGCUCUCUAAAGCCUCCAGGGUUGUGACGGAGAGAUGCCAAGAGCCCGACGUGGUGGGAGAGACCCGCUUCCCUGGAAUAGUUUUUCUAAUGUUGCUCUUAGGAAUUGUGUUUGGAUGUGUCUUAACAUAUAUUUAUUUUAGAGUUGAGUUAAAAAUGUUCCCCGUACCAACUUUGUAAACUUUGUUUUCAUGAUGCCUUGCUUAAAAAUGAUGUAAAAAAUCAAAUCCGCUGCAGCUGAUUUGCUUGAUCCUUUCUUGCUGCAGCUUUCUGCGGAGUAAUUGACACAGGUUUUUUAACUGACAAUUAUCUUGGGUGUUAUCCCCAGGGUUUGGAAGGUGGCUUGUGUUUUCCCUCUCCACAAAGGUGGUGAGAUACCAAACCCGGUCUCGGGGAUGGCUAACUCUGGAGAUCCCUUCGAUCUCCAAUGAGUUAGGUAAAUCUGAUUUUAGUUACCUUGAACUUUACUUGUGGAAAGAUCUCCAAGGCUUUCUAAAGUUGGAUGAAUUGGGGCCUCUAGGGCAAUUCAAAAGGCUAAUUGAGGACCUUUAUACUGAAGAAUGUAUUUGUUUUCUAUGACUGUGUUUAGCUUUUUGUAUAUUGAUGUGUGCACUAUGUAUAUUGAUGUGCUUAUGAACUGUAUAUUGAUGUGUAUACAGGGUUCAUCUUUAAAAUAGACCUUGGUCUUAGCAUGACUCACUGUUCAAAUAAAGCUUCAUUAUUAUUUAAA